AUGGCUACUACAAUCUCCUGGGCUCAGGAGGUCAUCACUUGUGACCUUUGUGAUAAAACCACCACGCAAUUCUGUAACAGCUGUCAAGUCAGUUUAUGUGUGGACUGUGUCAGUAAACAUGUGGACAAGCACCAGGCUCUCACACAUGACAUCGUUCCCUUCAAGAACAGGAAGACAGAACACGAUCAGAUAAAGCUUGGGUUAGUGGAGAAAACAAUACCGAACAUUGUAAGAUACGGGAAAAAAGAGGUAUUGAUCACGACACAAAAGGACUGGAAUCCAGCAGGACUGACCAGUACCAAAUCAGGGGACAUUCUGGUUAAUCUGUAUAAAGGAAACAAAAAUAAGAUUGUCUAUUAUCAGGGACAGAAAGUGGAACAGGAAAUAUUUAAAGACGAAAAUGAAAAACUAAUCUAUGGAAGUGGUAAAUGGACCCUUUUUGUUGCAGAGAACAACAAUGAAGAUAUCUGUGCCUCUGAUCGUAAUGGUGACGCUGUAGUUGUAGUGGACAAGACACGAAGAGUCCGAUUACGAUACGAUGGUACACCAGCCAUAGGGAAGAAGAAAUUUGAUCCAAAUCAGCUAGUGACAGACUCUCUGAGUCAGAUCAUUGUAGCAGAUUGGACCAACGACUGUCUGCACAUUCUGGAUCAAGAUGGAGAGUUUCUGAGAUGUGUGGAUAAUUGCGAAUUAUCUAGGCCCCUAGGACUGGGUUUGGACAGCGAUGAAAGGGAAGUGGGUGGGAUUAUAUGA